UAACGAAGCUGCCGCUGCCGACAAACCAGCAUCUACCCCCCGGGUGGCCGAUGUGCAAACGCGGUGUGAACGCGAGGCAGCGUCCGUGCAACGAGCAGCGUUGAUCCGAGGCCCGGCCCGACCCGCCUCCCUCCCGCGCAUCCGUCAAUGGGAGCUCGGUAGCCUGCUAACUCCACCACGACGACGACCAUGAUGAUGAUGAUGCAUCAGUGGAUUUAUCCCGGUGUCUCCGACUGAGAUGGAGCCAGCGACGUCCGAGCGGAGCUGCCUGCUAGCUAGCUAGCGAGCUAACGGUGCUCGCCCCCCCAGCGGCCCCGGAUAACGUUAGCCUAAAUGGGUGCAACCGCGGUCUCGCCGUACGGGGUUUGCUGCAACAUCGACGGACGUUUUCCGGCGCUGUCCCCGGGUUCGAUCGAGAGGAGAGGGACUAUGUCGACCUAGCGAGAACCCGCUAACCGAACCGUUCCAGGAUAGCCACACGUGAUCCGGUUGAUCUCGCUCCCUCCGGCAAUUACCUUCAUCCCCGGCCGCCCUUGGAUGCUUCAGUGACGUUACGCUGACGGUGUGUUUCAGGAUGGCACAGCUCUUGGACGGGGCCGGCAAACUGGGCUGGGUUCUCCUCACGGCUGCGCUCCGGUUCGUGUUCAUGGUCCUCAACAACUGCGUGGCCAUCCCGUCCUACUGCCUGUACCUGCUGCUGCUCCAGCCGCUCAGAAUAUGGGACCGCUCCAUGUUCUGGCACAUCGAGGGGCUCAUGUUCAAGUGGAUGCUGGCCAUGGUGUCCUCGUGGGGCUGGAUCGCGGGCUACACAGUAACAGAGUGGGGCGACGACGUGCGGCCCAUUACAGAAGAGGAAGCUAUGGUCAUCGUCAACCACCAGUCCACAGGGGACGUGUGCACCCUCAUGAUGUGCCUGCAGGACAAGGGCACGGUGGUACAAAAAAUGAUGUGGUUGAUGGACCAUGUGUUUAAAUACACCAACUUUGGCCUGGUUUCCUUGAUCCAUGGGGACUUCUUCAUCAGACAGGGUAAAGCCUACAGAGACAAGCAGCUGAUCUACCUGAAGGAUCACCUAGACCAAUAUUACCACAGCCGCGACAGGAAGUGGAUAGUGCUGUUCCCAGAGGGCGGCUUCCUGCGCAAGCGGCGGGAAACCAGCCAGUUAUUUGCCAAGAAGCACUCGCUCCCCCACCUGAACCACGUCACGUUGCCUCGCCUCGGGGCCACGCAGGUUAUCCUGAAAACCCUCUCCGCCCAGCAAGAGAAUGGCAGCGUGGGCAUCGAGGCUGUGACCGCCAACCAGAUAGGUAACAAGCGUCGAGGCCUGCAGUGGGUAAUAGAUGUGACCAUAGCGUACCCUAAAGCAAGACCCAUGGACAUCCAGACCUGGAUCUUUGGCUACAGGUCUCCUACAGUCACACAUGUACAUUACAGGAUGUACCCGAUAAAAGAGGUUCCCGUGGAGGCAGAGGCCCUGACUGACUGGCUCUAUCAGAGAUUUGUGGAGAAAGAAGCGUUGCUGACCUACUUCUACGACAAAGGAUCCUUCCCGACUCUGGACGGACACAAGGUGGCAGUCUCCCGGGACAUGACCCUGGACCCCGUGUGGCUGUGCAUCAUCCAGUCGUUUGCGUUUGCCUCGGGCUACAUGUGGUACAGCGUCUUCCUGUACCUCUACUGCUGUUUAUUCUGAGUGCGCUGAUGAGCUGAGAGUCUUAAUCGGACCAAUGGAAAAGCCUCAGGAUCGUUUGGUGUGUGGCCCAGCGUCGCGCUCGCCCCCUACGAUGGAUGAAUGUACAUUUCCAACAGCGGAGCGACUUACCAGGAAACAAUAAGCAUAUGAAGUACACACACACUCACACACACACAGAUUAAAGAAACCCAUACAGUAUGAAACAGGUCACUGGCAUAGUUAACGAACACACAACCCUAACGCCACACACACACUCGCCCCUGCGGCCUCGCAGAAUAAUCUCUCACACUCGUCACAACUCACAUUUUGAUGUUUACACGUAGACGCUGACACGGACAUGACUUUUUAUUCAGAGUUAACGAAACGAGGCUCAGGACUCCUCCAGAAGACGCUCUGGACCAGACUCUCUCUCUCUCUCCAGCCCCCCCCCUCCCAGGCUUUAGCCGUGGUAGUUUUACAGAGUGUAAAUUGUGUGUAUGGACGCGUGCGUGUGUGUGAGUGAAUACAUGUGAUUUAGAAGCGUAAUGUCUGCCCUUAUUCUUCCUCCUGGCAAGAGUUGAUGAAGCCCACUGGACGUCUCUUGCCGCACCUUUCCGGAGCGAGCGGCUGUUUGAACUUUGAGGCUGCGCCGCCGGCCGCUCCUCUGGCCUUCAUUGCACUAAGGAAUCCAUACUGCCCUGACUGCUCCCUGCCCCAGGAAGACGCUCCUGAACGGUAGCUGUGGAUGUUUUGUUGUCGUUUGUUUUCUUCCCUUUAAAACCCGCAUAUCACCACAGCUACAGCCAUCGUUACUUGUUUUCUCUUUUUUUUUGUCAUCGCGACUUCUUUUUCCUGUGUCCGCCUGUUUGUGGAGGCAGUAUUCUGAGCUCACUGAGAAAAGGGAGGGGGGGGGGGAUCAUGUUUACACUGGCGGCCCUGCUGAAAGCCUAAAGAGACGGUGGCUAUGAUGCAGCGCUUGAUUUAAGGAUCUUUUCUUCCUGUUUCGUAUGUGAAGGGAGGAUGAGGAAGGCCAUCUCGAAAACAAAACAAACAGACAAAGAAAAAAAAAAAACCUGGUUGCAAGGAUUGCGAUCUGAUCACCUACAGACUAACUCCCUCUUCGGUGGAUUCUCUUUUUCACCCUCUGCUCUCCGACACACACACACACACACACUGUCAGACU